AUGCGAGGCUGGUGUUGGCUUUGCAGUGAGGACGAAACUGGUUGUCAAGCUGGCUGGCCCAUCUACAGGUAUAGAUUAUCGUCUGAUGACCUUGCGACUCCCUUUCUGAAGAAGUUUGACCCCGUUGUCAGUGACUAUGCGUCCACCAUGACCAACCCAGAGGAGAUCAAAGACAAGUUCUACAAGGACCUAAAUGUUACCAUCACCUCAGUUCCCAACGCAGGCAAGCUUUUUAUAUUCGGUGACUUUAACGCCAGAGUUGUCAGUGACACUACAUGGGAAGGGGUGGUUGGGGAGCAUGGGAUCGGCAACUGUAACACCAACAGACUGCUGAUUCUCCAGACAUGUGCCGAGCACAACCUUCUGAUCACAAACACCAUCUUUAGCCUCCCCAUCUGCAACAGGGCAUCACGGAUGGACCCACGCUCAAAGCAUUUGCAUUUCAUCGACUUUGUCAUCAUCAGGAAGAGAGACAGGCAGGAUAUACGGGUCACGAAGGUCAUGUGCGGUGCAGAGUGCUGGACAGACCAUGGCCUUAUCAUCUCCAAAGCCAACCUAUGCAUCCAGCCCAAAAGGCGUCCACAAGGUAUGAAAGCCCCCAAAUGCCUGAAUGUCAACAUGCUGAAACUAGACAACAUCAAGCAGAACUUUGUAGACACCUUGGAAAAAAGCCUUGAGUCCACUGAAAAAGACAACCAGAGCGUUGAAGAAGCAUGGGGUGUACUAUAUGAGACGGUGUAUAAUACUGCUAUGGAAUGCCUAGGACCUUCCACUAGGAAGCACAAAGACUGGUUUGAUGACAACUCUACUAAGAUCAAGGAGCUGUUAGACAUCAAACACCAAGCCUACAGAGUUCACGCUGAAGAUUCCAAGUCUCAGUUAAAAAGAGAUAUACUUAAGAGAGCAAUUAGCAAUGUACCAAUCAGUGAGUCACUGGAUGACAUUCCAAAUUUGGAGGAGAUCCAUAAAGCUAUUCACCAGCUAUCCAGUGACAAAGCACCUGGCUCAGACUCCAUCCCAGCUGAAGUCUACAAUAAUGGUUGCAUAGUGAUGACUGAGAAGUGUCAGCAGCUGUUCCAGCUCAUCUGGCAUCACGAGACAGUUCCACAGGACUUCAAGGAUGCUUCCAUUACACACCUGUACAAGCGGUAG